AUGGGUCUGAACAACUUUGCAAUCACGGCAGCCGUAGUUACCGGUGUUGCCGCCGUCGGAUACCUCGUGUACUUUGACCAGAAGAGGCACAACGACCCCGCCUUCAGGAGGAAGCUGAGGAAACAGAGGAAGGCUGCAGAGCAAGCAAAGAGGGCCAAUGCUCACUCGGCGCCGAAGGCACCAAAAGAACAAAGCUUUGCAAGCAUGGGAGGGGGUUUGAACUUGGACGAGCCCAUUCCAUCGGACCCCCAAGAGCGGGGAGAGUUCUUCGUGAAGCACCUGCAGAUGGGUGAAGCUCUUGUGCAAAGAGGCCCACAAAUGCACGUUGCGGCAGCAAAAUGCCUUUUCCGCGCGCUCCAAGCCUACGGCGAGCCCAUGAACCUCCUAAUGGUCCUCCAACAAACCGUGCCUGAACCCGUCAUGAGCCUGAUCAUGGAGAUGUAUGCCGCGGAAAUCAAGAAAACGCAAGCUGAAUACUUCCAAAACUACCCCGACCCGAAAGAAAACGUCCAAAUUAAGGAAGUCACCAUGUCCACCACCGAGUCCGGAAAGAAAAUCAUCAGGCGAGGUCUCACAGUGACCAAGGACGUGAAAUCCGGCGAGGAGAUCUUCCGUGUACAGCCGAUCGUAUCACAUUGCGAGCUCGACGACCACUGCGCCCACUGCACCCUCCCCCUCCCGCCCACCCCCACCGCCUGCCCCAAAUGCGCCACCGCCCGCUACUGCACCCCCACCUGCCUCUCCACCGCUCACGACGAGUACCACGGCUUCCUCUGCCCCGGCGACGAUACAACGGGUCCGGCCGCACAGGAGUUCUUGGAGUAUUGCAGGGAGAGGAAUGUAGUUGUGCCGGUUCUGGUUGCCAAAUUUUUGAGCAGGAUGGUGUUUGAGGAGCAGGUUAAGCCGCAGAGGGACCCUGAAGCGACGAGGGCGAAGUAUACCGCUUGGGAUCACUUGGAACGCCUCUUCGAUCUGAAACUCAAACCGUCCGACGCCGAGACAAAGGAAGUCGAACUCCUGCAAAAGAUCAUCGCGCCCAAAACCCCCGGUUUCGACGAAUUCCUCACCCCGGAACGCUACACCGUCAUCAAAUCCAAACUCGCCUACAACGCCUACUCCAUCCACACCCCCUCCGUUCCCUCGCUCACCACCCCUCUCGUGCCCGCAGAACACCUCCGCACAUCCCACCCGCCCACAACCCGCACCGGCACCGGCCUCUACCAAACCCCGGCAUUCAUCUCCCACUCCUGCGCACCCAACGCGGAACUCGUGUUCCCCGGUGCGGACCGUGAGGCGGCGCUGGUGGCGCUGAGGGAUGUGCGAGUGGGUGAGGAGGUGUUUGUGAGCUGGAUUGAGGCCGGGGAGGAGAGGACGGGUGAGAGGAGGAAGGGGUUGAAGAAAUAUGUGAGUAUCCCGUUUGUGGGUGUUCGGAGAGGGGGGCCCGACUGGUGA